GUUGGAAAAAAGGAAGUGUUGCACUUGGAGUUUUCAAGUGCAACAGUUCAUACGAUUUGGUCUGCUCACUUAUCAAUAUGGCUCUCUAUCUCAGGAUUCUUUAUAUCAUCACUGGACUAACAGGAGUUCACAGCAUAACUACAGUCAGUAAAGUAUCAGUGAAAACUGGGAAGUCGAUCUCCAUCCCAUGUCUAUAUGGGUCCCAAUACAAAAACCAUGUGAAGUACUUGUGUGAAGGACCUAAAUGGAGAUUCUGCCGCGAUGUAGUAAAAACAAACAAAGCAGACCCUUCAGGAAAAUAUUCAAUCUCUGAUGAUAAAAGACAAUUUAUUUUUACUGUAACUAUAAACAAUCUGACAAAUAAAAACACUGAUUACUGGUGUGUGGUGGAGAUUAGUAAUGGACCGGAUUAUGGAGUGCAUUUUCAACUGUCAGUUACCAGAGGUACCCCCAGUCUCUAUGUGGAUCAUCAGAGGAUUACAGGAUAUAUUGAAGAAAACAUAACUAUUAGAUGCCACCACAGUAACUCUGGAGAAAUGAAGUGGUGCAGGCUGGGCAGGAACUGUGUGACAGGAUCAUCAGGAUCCAUAGAUGGUGCAGCAGUGACCGCUCAUAUGAGAGACCCAAAUGUUUUCACAGUGACCAUGAGUGGACUAAAGUCAGAGGACAGUGGCUGGUAUUUGUGUGCUGAAGGGGACAUUCAGAUACCAGUAUAUUUAACUGUUACUGAGAAACCGAUCACUACUACUGCCCAUACUUUUACUGGAGAUGGAACAAUUACCACAUUAAAAAAUGGACAACAAAGAGCUUCAUUUGACGUCAAGAUCUUUAUCAUCCGUCUGAGUGUGUUGAUGUGUUUUGUGAUUGUGGUGUUGUUCAUCUGGUUGAUACUGAGACGCAAGCAGAGCAAAGCAGACUCAUCAGCCACAGCAAUGGUGGACCAGGAAGUAAUAUAUGCCAACGUGGGAAACAUUAGAAGAACAUCACCUGAGAUGUCACUUCCUGAAAGUGAUGGGGAAAUCAUGUACAGUUGAAUUGUUACCAUAAAGAAACAAGAGGGGUGAAGCAAAAGACACAGAAGUUACGUGCAGCACAUUAGCUAAUCACUACUGAAAUAUUUAAAUAUUAUAAACUUUUGGCCUUUCUAUCUUUUUUAUAUCUACCUUUUGCUGGAGUUUUUGCAGGAUACAGUGUUUUCUUUUGCUAUCAGCAGAUCACCGAGCCAUGCAGUAUGCCUACAUUUUAGAAAGAUUUGCAUUCUCCAAAGAGCUCACUGAACUGGUCCAGUAAUGGUAUUGUAAUAGGAUGCGACUGUUGCAAUAAGUCAGUUUGUGAAAUUUCUUCUCGCCUAGAUCUUCCACAAUCAACUCUAAGUUAUUGUCACGGUUCUGGGCCAGUUUGACCCAGUAUUUUGAGUUGUCAUGUUUGGGUUUGAUUUUUUAUUUGGUAUUGUAUUCUGAUUCUUGUUCUUUCUUGACUAUUAUUAGAAUUCUAUGUUUCUGUUUAUUCGUGUUUAAGGAUUUGUUCUUCGGUUGGUCUCAUGUUUAAUAUAGUUUGAGUUUUAUGUGUUCUUUCUGUCUACCUCUCAGUGUCAAGUUUGCGUUUUUGUGAAUUGUUUCUGGUUUCCUGUUUUACUUUGAAAGUUCAUGCCUCAUGUCAGUGUGUUCAGUUUUACUUCUCCCCUGUCUCAUUAGCCUAAUUUCUCCCAGCUGUGUCUCCCUCCUGUUGCCCAUUCCAUGAUUACUCCCCUGUGUAUAUAAGCCCUGUGUUUUCCUGUGCUCUCUGUCGUGUUGUACCCUCAACCGGCUUUGUGUUUUGUCUCCCGCUCCGGUUUAGUAUUGCUUUUCCAGUGUUUCAGUCCUUAUUUCCUCUGACCAGAGUUUUGUUAGUUUUUUUUGGUGAGUUUAAUUGAGUAAGAGGUUU